AUGCGACAUCUUCGAGGUCCUACCCAAUCUCAUUCUGUGCAACUUCCCAUCGAGAUCUGGGAGCGCGUCAUCGACUUUCUAGCAGAAGACAUUCACGGAAUAUCAUCGGGCACGGAUGACGCUUUGAACAGAUUUGCCACCGUUUGUCGGGCAUGGGAACCCAGGUGUCGUUUUCAUCUUUACCGGAAUGUACGGAUGCACGACAAGGGCCAGGUUUCUGGUAUUGCGAAGAUGAUUCGCAAACAUCGCUACCUCCAGAACGCUAUCCAUCUUGUUCAUUUCGAUCGAAUGGACGCGAUGGGCCUAUUCGCGACGAUGAUGGUCCGGAAAUUGCCUUCUCUACAGAUGAUUGGUAUCCGUGGUCCAACAGAAUGGAAGUCUGGACUCAUGCACGCUGACGUGCCAAUGUUCCUCGCCACUUUUACCUCGAUUACUCGCCUGUCUCUCAAGUGGGUGACGUUUCCGUCUGUCGUCGUAUUUGGACGGCUGGUCUGCGCACUACCAAACUUGACGUAUCUCCAAUGCCAGUGGCUCACUUUCCGUGCCGAUGGUCGGGCUACACCACCUAAACAUAAUGCUAUCACAGAAGUCCAUUUAAGUGGCUUGGGCUCUGACACGAUCCCAUUUCUGCUCACGACAUCUAUAAGUCAUGGACUUAAACGCUUGACUCUUGAGGAUAUCCAAGACGAAGAUAUGCGUUUUGAUCGCAUCCAGCAACUCCUGGAAGGUGUCGGAGAAUCCCUUUUGAGUGUUCAUCUUCAUCCUGACCCGUACGCAAAAUUUUUAACGGGGUCUAAGAUUCAUCUUGGACAUAAUCCACAUCUGGAAGUCUUUGAGUUCACGUCGCGCUUUCCCACUGAAGAUCCGGAUUCUUUGCAUCAUUUACUCUCGGGGAUUUCCCCUUCGAAGCUCCGUGAAGUAUCUAUAACCGUCAUCGUAGAACUUGUCGAUUUUAGCAGAGAUGUGACGCUUGCGCAAGUCCUCUCUGUCUUUCGUGAUGAUGUUUAUGUCAAAGUUGAUCAGCUCUUAUCUCAUUCACGUUUCACUAAAUUCCGUGCAAUCACCUUCACGCUUAUGCUUGAAGCUCGCCUACAUGUCGAUGUUCCUAGCCUUAUACCGUCUGAACAUGACUGGUGGCAAUGCAUUUCAUUGCGAUUUCCGCACCUGUGUGCGCAGGAAAGGCUCCGAACACAAAUUGUCACUGAGGAUCGAUGGGUACAGGGCGGAAGUGGCUACUAUAAGCCAAUUGUAUGA